AUGCUUGACAACAGCCAGCGAUGGCAAUAUGUCUUUGCUUUUCCAAUGGACUUCAAGAGUGACUACUGGUCUUCUCCAGCCUCUGAGCCCAACGAAGCGUGGGACAGGAUCUUUACCCGUUUGGAUGGAACUGCCAAGAUGACGUUCUCAACAGGCUACGGAUUCCGUUACACCGAGCGAACGUGGACAAGUGUCAAAAUUCUAACCGGGCCAUGGUGCGGCUUCGAAGUUGGCAAGUACAGGACUAUCGACGAGGACGAGCUUUUCCUUCUUGUCAGCCUGGAGGAUGAAGAGGCCGAGAUCGAUUCCGUGUCCGUGACUUUGGUGAGCCUUGGCAGAAAAGCCGAUGCGGAGCUGCAAGUGCGAGGGCAGUGGCUUACAUCUCAAGUCCAGGAGUUCCUCGAUGGGAAGAGGCAUACAAACAGAUAUCCUGGUCAUGUUAGAUAUACUGCCGAAGUGGACGAGGUCUGUGAGGACUUCUAUACGGCUGAUCAUAUACGCCUUGCACGGCAUCGCAUCCGCAGAUUUGUGCGCUUGCAAUCGCUGGUCUCAGAAGGCGUGGUGAACCAGUACUUCUGUGUCCAUCAGUGGACAGACUUGCAGUUCUUCUAUCAGGUGCAGCGCUGGAAUGAUCCAUGCAACCUCCUGCAGUGGCCGUCAGAGCACCUCCCUGACAGUAUUCAGCAGUACUUCGGAGCAGACCUGUCAUUCUUCUUUCAUUGGUUCAACGCCUACACGCGGUUUCUCUUCUGGCCUGCUCUGCUGUCCACGCCGAUCCUGGCUCAGGAUUUCUUUUUCAAAGAGCAUCCUGGAUACAGUCGAUCCCAGUCUCUCGGCUUUGUUCAGACAAAUCUCCAAUUCAUGACCGAGACGGUUCGCUGGGGAGAGCAGCUUGGACUGGUCAUGACUCAUCCACAGGAGUCGGGAUCUGCAGUAUGUGGCAUUCUCCAUCUUUCUGGGAGUCUGGUCCACCACCUUCCUGGCAAGGUACAAGCAUAUGAAGAACCUGAAGGUCCUCAAGUGGGGCAUGAAGCACCACGAUCGAGAAUUUGCCGAAAUCCGCAGGCAGUUUCGCGACGACUACAGAGACAGCUGGGGCGAGUAUUUUCAGCAAAUCUUGCACUGGAUUCUCUGUGCCGCCUUCAUGGCCGAAACAGUGUUCUUCACACUGUUUGUCAGCCAACUGCGGAUACAAGCUCGGGUAGAUCCGAUGGGGCGCACCAACACCUACAGGCAUACGGAAAGUACAUGAUCACUGCCAACAUCAAGAUUGUCGAUUAUCUCUGGACGUCCCUGUCCACACUCCUGUCCAAGAAUGAGAAUUGGAGGACACCAACAGAGUUGCGCAACAAGGCUUCAGAGAAGCUGUUUGCUGUUAAGUUCGUUGUUUACUACUACCCCUUCCUCUACACGAUUUUCAUCAAACCUGCGAUCUAUGACAUCGACAUCCAGCCAUGCUUCAAGGCAUUGAGCAGCGAUCUACGACUCUUUUUCUUCACGCAGAUUGCUAUGGAGGUCAUAUUUCUCUUUGUGUCUCUGGUUACUUCCUGGCUCAAGGUUGCUUCCGAACGAAGGCGAUUCGCCAACAAGGAGUAUUCGUACUUGGAAUAUCAGGCCAAAUGUCCUGAGUAUUCAGAUGAAGACUUGAUGUCGGAUGUGCAGCUUCAGGUGAUCAACUACGGGUUCUUAGUGAUGUUUGGAGUCUGUUUGCCAUAUGUGUGCUGUAUUUGCUUCUGUGUGAACUUUCUGCACGGGCCUGAAACGAAGUACAAGGUCUCGUACAUCUACCAAAGGCCGAGCCCUUUCGGAGCAGAAGGAUUUGGUGCUGAGGACAUCAUAACCCUUCUGUCGUGGAUCGGUGUUAUUUUCAACACCUUCUUGGUGAUCUUCGUGUCGCCGCUCUGUGGUGACAUGAGUUUCGAGCACAAGCUGCUAAUUUUCAUUUCCGUUGAGAACGCAAUCCUUGUGCUCAAGACUCUCAUAGACACGGCCAUCGGUCCCAGCAGCACAGCGCAGCGAAGGCAUCAGGCGAAGGUGAUCCCAAAGAUCCUGCGCCUUGGCUUGCAAAUCUCGCAAGUGGCCAUCGCACGCAGUCCAGCUCCCGCUCUCUACUUAGGCAAAGGGAGCUUCAAGGCUUGCAUUGCCGAAUGGACGAAGUAUCGGGGAGAUGCUCCGAUGCACGUAGGAGUCCAGUCACAAUCGAUGGAAGAUGUAGCUUGGUGUGCUGAUAGCAGUGCGGCAGACAACCGGGUUGUUGGAGCCAGCACAAGAGUAGGGAACAUGUUCAUCAGCAACCCCAGCUUCUGCCACAGCUGA